GUCUCUCAGCCAGUAGAAGCUGCCAAGCUGGAGCCCAAAGCCAGGUGUGCUGACUCCCAGCGGGGGGCUCCCUGCACCAACCAUGAGCCGCCUGCUUUGGAGGAAGGUGGCCGGCGCCACCGUCGGGCCAGGGCCGGUUCCAGCUCCGGGGCGUUGGGUCUCCAGCUCCGCCUCCGUCCCCGUCCCCAGCGACGGGCAGCCGCAGCCGCCGCCAGUGCCGUCCUCGGAGGGCGGGCAGCUGCGGCACAACCCAUUGCACAUCCAGAUGCUCUCGAGAGGGCUUCACGAGCAAAUCUUCGGGCACGGCGGGGAGAUGCCCGGCGAGGCCGCGGUGCGCCGCAGCGUCGAGCACCUGCAGAAGCACGGGCUCUGGGGGCAGCCGGCCGCGCCCUUGCCCGACGUGGAGCUGCGCCUGCCGCCCCUCUACGGGGGCAGCCUGGACCAGCACUUCCGCCUCCUGGCCCAGAAGCAGAGCCUGCCCUACCUGGAGGCGGCCAACUUGUUAUUGCAGGCCCAGCUGGCCCCCCGGCCCCCGAGCUGGGCCUGGGCGGAGGGCUGGACCCGGUACGGCCCCGCGGGGGAGGCCGAACCCGUGGCCAUCCCCGAGGAGCGGGCCCUGGUGUUCGACGUGGAGGUCUGCUUGGCAGAGGGAACUUGCCCCACAUUGGCGGUGGCCAUAUCCCCCUCGGCCUGGUAUUCCUGGUGCAGCCGGCGGCUGGUGGAAGAGCGUUACUCUUGGACCAGCCAGCUGUCGCCGGCUGACCUCAUUCCCCUGGAGGUCCCUGCCAGUGCCGGCGGCCCCACCCAGCGAGACUGGCAGGAGCAGUUAGUGGUGGGGCACAACGUGUGCUUCGACCGGGCCCAUAUCAGGGAGCAGUACCUGAUCCGGGGCUCCCUCAUGCGCUUCCUGGACACCAUGAGCAUGCACAUGGCCAUCUCAGGGCUAAGCAGCUUCCAGCGCAGUCUGUGGAUGGCAGCCAAGCAGGGCAAGCGCAAGGCCCGGCACCCCACACAGCGAGGCCAGAAAUCCCAGAGCAAAGCCAACGGCCCAGCGAUGUCAUCCUGGGACUGGCUGGACAUCAGCAGUGUCAAUAAUCUGGCAGAUGUGCACAGCCUCUACGUGGGGGGGCCUCGCUUAGAGAAGGAGCCCCGCGAGCUGUUUGUCAAGGGUAGCAUGAAGGACAUCCGUGAGAACUUCCAGGACCUGAUGCAGUACUGUGCCCAGGACGUGUGGGCCACCUAUGAGGUUUUCCAGCAGCAGCUACCGCUCUUCUUGGAGAGGUGUCCCCACCCGGUGACUCUGGCUGGCAUGUUGGAGAUGGGUGUCUCCUACCUGCCCGUCAACCAGAACUGGGAGCGUUACCUGGCGGAGGCACAGAGCACCUACGAGGAGCUCCAGUGGGAGAUGAAGAAGUCGCUGAUGGACCUGGCCAACGAUGCCUGCCAGCUGCUCUCAGGAGAGAGGUACAAAGAAGAUCCCUGGCUCUGGGACCUAGAGUGGGACCUACAGGAAUUUAAGCAGAAGAAGGCAAAGAAGGUGAAGACGAAGGAGCCGGCCGCAGCCAGCAAGUUGCCUGUCGAGGGGCCCGAGGCCCCUGGGGAUCCCAAGGAUCAGGAAGACCCUGGCCCCCCCAGUGAGGAGGAGGAGUUUCAGCGAGAUGUCAUGGCCCGUGCCUGCUUGGAGCAGCUGAGGGGGACCACAGAGCUCCUGCCCAAGCGGCCCCAGCACCUUCCUGGGCACCCAGGGUGGUAUCGGAAGCUCUGUCCCCGGCUAGAUGACCCCGCGUGGACCCCAGGCCCCAGUCUCCUCAGUCUCCAGAUGCGGGUCACACCUAAACUCAUGGCGCUGACCUGGGACGGUUUCCCUCUGCACUACUCGGAGCGGCAUGGCUGGGGAUACCUGGUGCCCGGGCGGCGGGACAACCUGGCUAAGGUGCCACCAGGCAGUGGCCUAACGUCGGCUGGGGUGGCCUGCCCCUACACAGCCAUCGAGUCCCUGUACAGGAAGCACUGUCUUGAACAGGGGAAGCAGCAGCUGGAGCCGCAGGAGGCAGACCUGGCUGAGGAGUUCCUGCUCACCGACAGCAGCGCCAUGUGGCAGACGGUGGAAGAAAUGGGCUGCUUAGAAGUGGAGGCCGAGGCCAGGAUGGAGAACUUGCGAGUGGCAGUUCCAGGUCAACCCCCAGCUCUGACUGCUGCUGGCAGCCCAAAAGCCAGCCAGCCAGCUUAUCACCAUGGCAACGGACCCUACAAUGAUGUGGAUAUCCCCGGCUGCUGGUUCUUCAAGCUGCCUCACAAGGAUGGUAACAGCUGCAAUGUGGGCAGCCCCUUUGCCAAAGACUUCCUGCCCAAGAUGGAGGACGGCACUCUGCAGGCUGGCCCAGGAGGUGCCAGUGGGCCCCGUGCCUUGGAAAUCAACAAAAUGAUUUCUUUUUGGAGGAACGCCCAUAAACGUAUCAGCUCCCAGAUGGUGGUGUGGCUGCCCAGGUCAGCUCUGCCCCGUGCUGUGACCAGGCACCCACACUAUGAUGAGGAAGGCCGCUAUGGGGCCAUCCUGCCCCAGGUCGUGACUGCUGGCACCAUCACUCGACGGGCUGUAGAGCCCACGUGGCUCACUGCCAGCAAUGCCCGGCUUUUCAGCAGAUAUGUUCUGGGCACCUGCUCCUGGCCAGACAUUGACAAGCCUGACCGAGUAGGCAGUGAGUUGAAGGCCAUGGUGCAGGCUCCGCCCGGCUACGUUCUCGUGGGUGCUGAUGUGGACUCACAGGAGCUGUGGAUUGCAGCUGUGCUUGGAGAUGCCCACUUUGCCGGCAUGCAUGGCUGCACAGCCUUUGGGUGGAUGACACUGCAGGGCAGGAAGAGCAGGGGCACCGAUCUACACAGUAAGACAGCUGCCACAGUGGGCAUCAGCCGUGAGCACGCCAAGGUCUUCAACUAUGGCCGCAUCUAUGGGGCCGGGCAGCCCUUCGCUGAGCGCCUGCUCAUGCAGUUCAACCACCGGCUCACGCGGCAGGAGGCAGCUGAGAAGGCCCGACAGAUGUAUGCGGUCACCAAGGGCCUGCGCAGGUAUCGGCUGUCAGAUGAGGGCGAGUGGCUGCUGAGGGAGUUGGACCUCCCUGUGAACAGGACCGAGGAUGGCUGGGUUUCCCUGCAGGAUCUACGCAAGAUCCAGAGAGAAGCUUCUAGGAAAUCACAAUGGAAGAAGUGGGAGGUGGUUGCUGAACGAGCCUGGAUGGGGGGCACAGAGUCAGAAAUGUUCAAUAAGCUGGAGAGCAUCGCUAUGUCUGACACACCACGUACCCCGGUGCUGGGCUGCCGCAUCACCCGAGCCCUGGAGCCCUCUGCUGUCCAGGGGGAGUUUAUGACCAGCCGUGUGAAUUGGGUGGUGCAGAGCUCCGCUGUGGACUACUUACACCUCAUGCUUGUGGCCAUGAAGUGGCUGUUCGAGGAGUUUGCCAUUGAUGGGCGCUUCUGCAUCAGCAUCCAUGAUGAGGUUCGCUACCUGGUGCGGGAGGAGGACCGCUACCGCGCUGCCCUCGCCCUGCAGAUCACCAACCUCUUGACCAGGUGCAUGUUUGCCUACAAGCUGGGUCUGAAUGACUUGCCCCAGUCAGUCGCCUUUUUCAGUACAGUCGAUAUCGACCAGUGCCUCAGGAAGGAAGUGACCAUGGAUUGUAAAACCCCUUCCAACCCAACUGGGAUGGAAAGGAGAUACGGGAUUCCCGAGGGUGAAGCACUGGAUAUUUACCAGAUAAUUGAACUCACCAAAGGCUCCCUGGAAAAAUGAAGCCAGCCUGGACGGUAGCUCUGCCUGGAGG